GCAGACGCAGGCAGCAGAACUGACUGAAGAUGGCCGACUCGCUGUCGUCCAGUCUGGGUGAGGAAAAAGAAAAGGAUAAAGAUGACCGAGAGAGGAGCCGAAGGAAUGCCAGAACAGACAAGAACAAAGCCGAGGAUGGCGUCACGGAAGCUCUGGGCUUUAAGACCAAAAUUGCUGACAGUAAAGCCAAGAAACGCAACCUCUCAGACCUUUCUCUGUUGAGGUUCAUUACCACUGAGCUGACCAGAGGUUACUUCCUGGAACACAAUGAAGCCAAAUACACCGAACGGCGAGAGAAGGUCUACACCUGCCUUCGCAUCCCUAAGGAGCUGGAGAAGCUGAUGACAUUUGGCUUCUUCCUGUGCCUGGAUGCUUUUCUCUAUGUGUUCACCUUGUUGCCCCUCAGAGUAAUCCUGGCACUUUUAAGGCUGGUCACAGUUCCGUGUUGUGGUCUCAGUGGUUCCCGUCUGCUGCAGCCGGCCCAGGUGUGUGAUGUGCUCAAAGGCUUCAUCAUGGUGCUUUGUUACUCCAUGAUGAGUUAUGUGGACUAUGCCAUGAUGUACCACCUCAUACGGGGCCAGUCUGUCAUCAAGCUCUACAUCAUCUAUAACAUGUUAGAGGUGGCAGAUCGCCUCUUCUCCUCCUUUGGCCAGGACAUAUUGGAUGCUCUGUACUGGACUGCGACCGAGCCAAAGGAAAAGAAGAGGGCACACAUAGGAGUGAUUCCACACUUCUUCAUGGCUGUGCUCUAUGUCUUUCUCCAUGCCAUCCUUAUUAUGGUCCAGGCCACCACUCUCAAUGUAGCCUUCAACUCCCACAACAAGUCUCUAUUGACCAUUAUGAUGUCCAACAACUUUGUGGAAAUCAAAGGAAGUGUUUUUAAGAAGUUUGAAAAGAACAAUCUUUUCCAAAUGUCGAAUAGUGACAUAAAAGAAAGGUUCACCAAUUACAUCCUCCUGCUCAUUGUAUGUCUGAGGAACAUGGAGCAGUUUUCAUGGAACCCUGACCACUUGUGGGUGCUGUUUCCUGAUGUGGUCAUGGUCAUAGCCUCUGAGGUUGCAGUGGAUGUGGUCAAGCAUGCCUUUAUCACCAAAUUCAAUGAUAUUAGUGCUGAUGUCUAUGGUGAAUAUCGGGCAAGCCUCGCUUUUGAUCUUGUGAGCAGUCGCCAGAAAAAUGCUUAUACUGACUACAGUGACUCUGUGUCCAGAAGAAUGGGCUUCAUUCCUCUUCCAUUAGCUUUAUUGUUGAUUCGGGUGGUAACCAGUUCAGUGAAGAUCCAGGGUUCACUCUCCUUUAUGUGUGUUUUUCUCUUCUAUUUGGGGAUGAUCACUCUGAAGGUGCUGAACAGCAUUGUGCUACUGGGCACCUCUUGUGUGUUUGUCAAAGAAGCCAACAUGGAAGAAAAACUGUCUGACCCUCCUCCAUCUGCCGCCUCAAGCAGAGCCAACUCCAGAGCCCACCGAAUUAAAUUCAUUCAGACUUUACCACAACAGGAAGCUGCAGCGGAUCGAGGAGGGAUCACAGUAUCUUCCAUCAGCCCGCCUUUGUCCAACAUGGCCAACAGCUCCACUCCCACUAUCCCCAAAAGUGACUCAGACACAUUCCUCACUACGCCCGACGAAGAUGACGAGAACAAAAUCAUCAACACGGACACAGGCCUAGAAGGAGACAUGAGACCGAAAAUGCCAAAGAAAGACUUACUGGAGAUUGACCGCUUCACCAUAUGUGGUAACCGAAUAGACUGAGUGCUGUGUGAAUCAGGGAUCACUGUUUGGGUCACGCAGUCAGGCUGGACUUGUACUUUUGCACCUGACCCUCAAAUAUUUAUUUAUUUAUUUCUGACAAAACCAGCCAAGGAAUAAAGCUGUCACUGCAAGCCCAUAUGCCAGAUGUGUCCUACACAUGGUCGUGGCUUCUGUGCGCUGUACCCUACAGUGUCUCAGCAGUGCAGAUUGGACUGUGAAAGUGUGGACACAAGAAUGUGUGUGCAAGAAUGUGUUUAAACACACAAUCAUGCACAAUCACAAGUGUUGUAUGAAGGGCAGACCAGUCAGUUUUUAAUUUUUAUAAAAACCUGUAUUUGAAAUGAUUUUUAGAAUAAAUUUCUGAUAUUUUUUCAAAAAACUUAUCCAGGACUGAACACCCCACUGAAGUCAUUACAGAGAGCACGUGUAGUUACUGAUGUUAAAUUUUUACAUGGCAGCUGUAACUCUACAGAAAGAAUUAGACUCACGUUUUAUUGAUUUUAUACAUGUUGCCAUGUCUUUUAUUUCUGUUGCCAAGUAAGCUCAUAAUUCAUUACAGAUCUACAAAUCUCCAAAUACUGCCCGACUGAUACAUUUCAUAAAGUCAAAUCAAUUAAAGGAUAUAAGCUUAUCAGAAUAAGCGCUGUCAGAAUGUUCCAAAGCAAAAUGUGAAGUGAAUCUUUUUGAACUUAAACUUUUUUUUUUUUUUUACAUAUUAAAUAAUGUACCCCCCCAUUCCCCUUACAGAUCUGUUUCCCUAGACCCAUUGACCAUAGUAAUGUCUACUACAUCAAAAAAGAAAAAAAAGAUUAGUCAAUUACAGGUAGGCCCAAGGGAGUCACCAGAGAAUGGUAGGCGUCAUGUAUUGUUUGUCAUGAGGCUGUUCAUCAGUUCAAACCACUUAUUUUUGGCACAACCUAUUCAUAUUCAUAGAAGAGGCUAAUUAUGCAAUAUUUUGUGAAUUUGUUUUACUUUUUUAUUUUCAUUUAACCCCAUAACAUCAACAGAGUGAAGUGUAUUAUAUUUAUUGAUUCAGUUAUUCAGUGAAAGUGACCAAAAAUAUAUGACAUUUUUUGUUGGCUUAAAAAAACAUUGAUUUUAGAUGCUGUUCUUUAGGAAAACUGUAAAACCUUAUUACUGGUGUCCUUUUAUGAGAUAGAAGGCCACUGGUCUAAAACAUCCCUGCAUUUGCUUUUUCAAACUGAAUAUUUUGGGAGUAAUUGAUGCAAACUUGUGGCAAUUAUUUUGAAUGGUGUAAUUCAACUAAUUUUUGUCAACACUGAACUGCCUCAUUUUCAUAAUUUGAUAUGUGAUUUUAAUUACAUUUGUUUACAUACAGUCACAAACUAUUCCAUUUAUUCUAAUUCAGGACAACACCUAUCUUUUUUUUUUUUUGUUCCAUUCUUUGGCUUAGUUAUGAGUGCGACUUAUGUUUGGAUAUUAUUGACUUGAAGAUUGUCCUUAGCAGUGUGUUUGAUUGUGAGACUGGUGAUUUGAAGUGCUUGAAUGGAAUGAACUGAAACACCACAACAUCCGUAUCAGCAUUUGACAGUUGUUUACCUUUUAUGAGUGUAAAUGCAUCUCCUUCACAGCAGCAGGAGAAUAAAAAAAUAGCUUUGUA